UGGCUUCCCUCCCCUCCCCCUCUCCUCUCCUCUCCUGCCUGCCCCGCCGAGCGUGCCCACCCCACCCACACCGAGGAGGAAAGCGGAAAGGGUGAGGAAAAUAUCGUGCUCCAGCGCAGCGCAGCAGAGCGGAGCGGACGCCACCGCCACCGCCGCCCUGAAUAGAUUAGGCGCGGAUAAUGGAGAGGCCCCGGCCGCGACGGGCGGAGGAGGGCGCCGCCGGUGGCCCCAGCAGCCGCAGCUAGCAGCAGCCGUACAUCUGAGCUUUGAGCAGGCGUGGGGGCUCGUGAGGAACUGAAUUGAUUGGGCGAUACUACUAGCGGCCGCGGGGAUGGAGGAGGAGGCGUCUGCAGAUCCAACAACCGCGUCCUCCUCCUGCGCCUACGUCCCUGGCUCCGGCCGCUGCUGAUUCGGACGCUUGGGUUGGAGUCCGGUGGGUGGGGUUUGGGUAUGAUGGGGGUCGGCGAAGGGGAUCGCGUCGGCGGCGGCGGCGGAAUGGGGGGAGGGCAGCAGUUCGUGGACCGGAGCAAGGUGAGGAUUCUGCUCUGCGACGGCGACCCCACCAGCUCACGAGAGGUGCUCCGGCUGCUCUGCAACUGCUCAUACCAAGUUACUUGCGCCAAGUCUCCACGGCAGGUGAUCAAUAUUCUCAACUUCGAGGCCUCCGAGAUCGACAUCAUCCUGGCCGAGGUCGAUCUGCCGGUCUCCAAGUGUUUCAAGAUGCUGAAGUACAUUGCCAGGAACAAGGACCUGCGCCACAUCCCCAUCAUCAUGAUGUCCAACAGAGAUGAGGUGUCUGUUGUUGUCAAGUGCUUGCGGCUUGGGGCGGCCGAGUACCUGGUGAAGCCGUUGCGCACGAAUGAGCUACUGAACCUCUGGACCCAUGUGUGGCGGCGAAGGCGCAUGCUUGGUCUGCCCGAGAAAAACUUCUUCAAUGACAACUUCGAGUUGGUGCUCUCGGAGCCUAGUGAUGCCAAUACCAAUAGCACCACUCUCCUCUCAGAUGAGACAGAUGAUAGGCCAAAAGAAAACAUGAAUCAAGAAACAGGCACCUCCAAUCAACGUGAAUAUGAGUCCAAUCCUUCUGUUGCUGAUCCCGAACAAAAAGGAAAAAUGGAAGGUGUACCAGGCUCUGUUGUAGACACUGAUCAAGCAUCAUCUACAGGAAUAAUGUUUUCACGCCCUAUAAAGACUAAUCUUAGGGUUGCUGAGUCAUCUGCAUUUCUAGCAUAUGUUAAGUCAAGCACCCCAACCACCAGCUCAUUUGAUAGUGAACUACAAAGAGGUGGCAGUCGGUUAGAUUCUUUGGAUUACCAGGGUAACUGCUCUGGUGCAACCGACAGAAGUGACACUGGUAUUGAUGUAAAUAUUCGGGAUAAAGAAGCUUUUGAGAUGCCUGUACAGUACCCUAUGGUAUGCUAUUCUUCCUCUUACUUGCAUAUGGAGCGAAGCAAUGAAGGCCAAAAUGAUACUUCAGGAACUCCUCCUGUAUACCAUUUUCCAUUUUACUAUCCAGGGAUGGUAGAACACAACAUGACACUUCCUACAGUGCAAAAUUUUCAAGGAAACAUAAACCAUGCUCAACCGCAUACACCACCAACAUUGCUCCCUCGAUACAAUGUUUAUCCCCAAUGCCAUGGUGUACCUAUGAUGCCAUCAUUUCAGUUUAAUCCUGCUGGUAUGAGCAUGCAGUCAAGUCAUUUACCAACGCAAAAUUUGUGGCCAUUGGUAUCAAGCACACCUAUACCUGAGGAAACAUGCAGUCGCUCUGAAAGGAGGGCUGCAGCUCUGGCCAAAUUCAGGCAGAAAAGGAAAGAGCGCUGUUUUGACAAGAAAGUGAGGUAUGUGAAUCGGAAGAAACUUGCUGAAACAAGACCAAGGGUACGAGGGCAGUUUGUUAGGCAGACAAGCAAUGCGGAUAUUAUGAGCACUGGAGAUGAUAUCUCUGAAGACGAAGAUGAUCCAUCAUCCCGGGAGGUAGAGAUGGUUUCUUCUCCAGAGUAGCGGGAAAGGUCUUCUAUGUGAUAUAGAGCACAGAUUAUUUCUGCUCACUUUGUUACUCGGCAGACCUAGGCAAUACAUUCUUCUGCUGGCAAAUAGGCAAUACACUAUUUUGUUCACACACAAUACAUCCUUUUGCCCCCAAAGAAGUUGUGGCGUAUCCACCAUUAUUACUGUGGACAUCUGAGAGAAAUCAUAUUUCGUGCUAGUCAGUGAUGCACAUGCCGAUUUA